UCGGCCAUCAUUAUAAAAUCACUUCAAAAGGACGCAACCCAUCGCCAUUAGCUGUCUAACAUUUGACUGAUUUCCUUCGAGGGCAUCGAGUGGAUCCAGCGCCCAAUCUGCAGAUAACAGGAGAUUCCGAAACUGUGGAAAAGGUCGAAAGGAGAAGGAAAUACUUUGAUUUGAUAUUGCAUUUUUUCGUUGGAUUCGUAAAAUUGCUUAUUUACAGGCAGCAUGGACGUGAUCAAGAUUUUGUCUGGAAUUGUUCAAUUUCUCUGGCAGAAGGGACAUAUCAAACACCAGGAGCAGAAUAUCGAACAACUUAAGCUGAAAAUAAGAUUUUUAUAUUAUAUGAGAGAUGCUUUAAAAGAAGAGAUAAUGAAAGAAUUGGUUCGUGGACGGAUGCCAAGCAGAGAAUACAGAACAUGGCUACACAAGGGUGAAAAAAUCGAACAUCAAAUCAAUGACAUGCUGGAUGCUCAACUCAAGGAUUCUGUCAUUGAUGUGCAAUUCAGUGUAGAACAAUCAAAGCAGUGGGUGAGUAUGCUGGAAUAUGAGAUCGUCAAGUGCUUGGAAAGAUCUCCAUUUGAUCAUGGUCCCAGCAGUGAUCCACAACAUGAAACAAUGAGGAUGUCUACUUCAAGGAUUGAAAGAAAGAUGUAUCGCUCUAUGAAGAAGGGACAGAAGGUUAAGAGUCUUAAGACACAAGCAAGGGCUGAGAAAAAGGCUACAAGAAAAUUUAAGCUGGCAAAAUUUGGAAGUGCAGUAUCAAAAGCUAUAGCGAAGCCUUUUCCAAAGAAGGGACAGAUUUAUCUGGUCCAAAAAGUGGAGGGUAAUAAGGCAACUGCAGAAGCUUAUAUACAGGAGAUAAAAAGUGAGAUAACAGGCGUUCCAUCUUCACCAUCUAGUCUCAGUAUUGAAGAAAAAAAGACAGAUUCGAUCUCCGUCAUGAAGGGCAACACGUUAACUGCAGAAGCAGAGCCAAAGGAGGUGAUAUAUGAGACAAUGGUCGAGCCAAUUUCACCAUCUAGUGCCAGUAUAGAAGCAGCAAAGAUAGAUUUGGCCUCUAGAGAGAAAGGCAACAAGGAAACUGCAGAAGUAGAGCAGGAGGUAGAAGAUGAGAUAACGAUCGUACCAACUUCAUCUAUUUCCAGUAUGGAAGCAGCAAAGGCAGAUUUGGCCCCUGGAGUGAAGGGAAACAUGGCAGUUGCAGGAGUAAAGCCAAAGGAGGUGGAAGAUGAGAUAACUAUCGUGCCAACUUCACCAUCUAUUCCCAGUAUGGAAGCAGCAAAGGCAGAUUUGGGCCUCAGAGCCGGGGGAAACAUGGCAGCUGCAGUGCCAGUUAGAGUAAGAGAUGUGAUAACCUCCGCAAAGCCUGAGAUGGUGCCUGCCUUGAUAAAAGAGCAUGAUAAUUUCCCUACUGCUGAUGGUGGAGAAAUCAGAAUCAAACACAUGGUGCAGAAAAUACAUGGAUUCAUUACUAACACAAAUGCCAAAAUAAUUGGUAUAUAUGGGCAAAGAGGGAUUGGUAAGACCAGUAUACUCAAAGUCUUGAUAGAUGAUCCAAAAGUCAAAGACAUGUUUCAUACCAUAAUUUGGGUGACUGUAUCAAGAUGCUGGAGCACAAAGAAGAUACAAGAUGAAGUUGUGAGAAAGUUAGAAAUUGGAGAGGCAGACUUUGGACCUGAUAGUGACAUGGCUAAGAUAUUGUUUCGAACUCUAGAAAAAAAGAAGUUCUUGCUUAUUCUCGACGAUGUUUGGGAGAAGAUUGAUUUACAUGCAGUUGGUAUUCCUUCUUCCAGUCUAGGAAAGGGUUGCAGAUUGAUAUUGGCAACAAGAUCACUUGAAGUUUGUCAUGACAUGGCAGACAAGGAGAUUGAAGUUGGGGGUCUCUCCAGUAAAGAGGCUUGGGAGUUGUUUCGGAAACAAGCAGGUCAAAUUGUUGAUUCUCCAAACAUCCAGCCUUAUGCUCGAGGCAUAGUUAACGAGUGUGGCAAAUUGCCACUAAAUAUUAUUGUUACUGCAAGGGCUUUGACAGGGGAAAAUAAUGUUUCAGUGUGGAAACAUGCAUUGAAGGACUUUCUAUUGGCUAAAACUGGAAAUUCUGACUUUGACCCUCAAAUCCAACAAAUGAAAUUCAGUUAUGAAAGGCUAAAGGUUCACGCCUCAAAGACUGAUGUACUAAUGUCUUGUGACAUACAGAGUUGCUUCCUAUACUGUGCACUACUUCCAGAAGAUUACGAGGUCAAUACAUUCAGACUAGUAGAUUACUGGAUUCGGGAGGGUUUAAUUGCUGGGAACUCAGCUGAUGCACGCAAGAAGGGACAUGAUAUAGUUAGAGUUCUCAUAGAUGCAGCCCUACUGGAAAGCACUAACAAGAGCACUUGCAUAAAAAUGCAUGACACCAUCAGGGAUCUAGCCUCAGGGAUCUUAUCAGCAAAGGCAGAAAGUUGCCACUUUCUGGGGAGAACUUGUCCUAGACUUACACGGUUGCCAAAUCUAGGAAGUAAUUCAUUAUCACCAAUUGAAAGCAUAGAAAGAUACCAUAUGUGGAGACCUGAAGAUCACCAUGAAUACUUGUUCAUGGCUGGAGCAGGAUUAGCAGAACCUCCUCCAGAGGAAGAGUGGGAACCAGCAAAGAUGAUUUUUCUAAUGGAUAAUGAAUUGUCCAGCCUGCCUGCUAGACCAGAAUGCCCCAAUCUUUUGAUGUUGUUACUCCAAAGAAACUUCCGCCUUAGAGUUUUACCCGACUCUUUCUUUGGUUUCAUGCCUCUUCUCAAGGUGCUGAACAUGUCUAAAACCAGGAUCACUUCCUUGCCAACCUCAAUCUCGCAGCUUCCUAAUUUGGAACAACUUAACCUGAGAGAUUGUGAGCGUCUAAUGAAGCUACCUUCAGAAGUGGGAAAACUUAAACGUCUUGAGUUGCUUGAUCUCCAUGGCACUGUUCUGAAUGAAUUGACUAAAGAAAUUGGAGAACUAGAAUCUCUGAAGGACUUGGAAGUAUCUUUUUAUGGACCUGUUGACCAUAGAGAGUAUUCCAAACUGUCAUCUAAACUCAUUCCAGAUGGUACCAUAUCAAAGCUACCUUCUUUAAUUAAUCUUAGCAUUGUUGUGUUCCCAGGAGACCAUCGGUGGAACGACACAACAGAAUCUGUCAUAAAGGACGUGUGCAACCUGAAAAAUUUAACUUCCUUAAGAUUCUACUUUCCCAAGGUGCAACAACUUCAGGACUUUCUUCAAAUGAGUCACUCAUGGAAGCAUAAUCUAUUAAGGAACUUCAACUUCAUUGUUGGCUAUGACAUCAAGCGCAUGUUAUCGCGGGUUCCUUCUAAUGUGGAGUUAGAUUACAAUCAACAACAAAGGUGCCUGCGGCUUGUGAAUUACAAGAAAAUACCAGAAGAUGCCAUCGUGGAAGUACUAACUCGAACAACAGCGUUCUACCUUGAUCACCUCCUCAAGAUCCGCAGUCUAUCACAGUUUGGAGUUAAAAACAUAAUAGGAUUGGAAUUUUGCAUAGUUAGGGAAUGUCCCGAGAUUGAAUACAUCAUUGAUGGUAAAGAACUGGCAUUACCAUUUCUAGAACACCUGAGCCUCCAUUAUCUAGAGAAAUUGAAGGGGAUUUGGAAGGAACAAUUGCCAUUUGGAAGUUUCGCUAGUCUAAAAUGUUUGAGCAUUCACACAUGUUGGCAGUUGAAGUUUGUUUUCACAAGCUCUAUGAGUAGGCACUUCCCUAACUUGGAAGAGUUGGUUGUUGAAGAUUGUAAAGCCAUCACGGACAUCAUAUUUGUGGAGAACAACAUCGAGCUUAAUUAUGCUAUGCUUCCAAAGUUGAAAAAUAUGGCACUCAGAUAUUUGCCUAAUUUGGUCAGCAUCUGGGAAGGGCCCUGGCCAUCUUUGGAGCAUAUUAGCUUUUACCAUUGUCCAAAGCUGAAGAAACUAAGCAUGGGUUCUGUCUCCGAGUUCAGAUCAUCCAUCAAGAAGAUAGAAGCAGAGAAACAAUGGUGGGAUAUGUUAAAAUGGGAGGACUAUUCUUUGCGUGACGAACUUCAGACUUGUUUCUUCCCUUUAACAGAAGAAGAAUUGUAAUGGUCAGCAAGAGCAUACAUUAUGCAAGCACUGUACAAAAAAAGAAACUUGUCUACGGUAUAUAUACAGUAUUAGAUUUCAUCUAUAUGGUGGAGUGCACUACACACCAGUGCAGGCAAAAGUUCUCGCCUAUGUAAGUAACUCAGUUGUGAUAUCUGUAACAAAACUUGUUACUUUGCUGCUUCAGUUUUAUCAAUUUAAACUUCUGUAAUUAAACCAAAGGUUACUUAAGUUUGACUUGAUCUCAGUUUGAUCAUAAAGGAUAAUUAAGAUAAUUUUAUGCCAA